GAUAACACACUCAAACCACAGAUGGUUGAGGGAGGUUGCGAGAGACCGAGGGAGUGAAACAAUUGCAGAGGCAGGAGGACUGAGAAAGAUAAGAGCUUGUGUGGGAGGAUUCCAUCCGAAGCGAUGGAGACAGCUGGAGGGUGCCUUGUCCUCACCGCCCAGAUUUCCUCUGCUUCUUCAGGAACAGAUGAGGAUCACUAAGCUUCUUCUUCUUCUGCUGCCAGAUCAUGACCUAAGCUGUCAUUUGCCCCAUUCAGUGUGACGCAGAGCCCAGUCUGAAGCAGGAUGUGGUUUUGCAUGCGUGCCUUCAUUAGAUUGCAGGCAUAGCAGGUGCCAUCAGGUGAGCAGGGUUAACUUGACACCAGCCCGUAAGCCGACCCCUCUCCACCCAGUGUGGACAUGAAGGAGCCGCGGCUCACUUCGUGAGAGGGCGCACAUCAGCCGCUGACAGCCAGGUGCUCCCACAGCCUGAUUGUGACAGCAGCAGCAUCAGAGCUUUCUCGAACACAGGCUUGAAAAGGAGGAAGUGACACGUCUGUGCUCGCUCUCGUAUUUCCUGGUCCUGUUCUCCGGUAGCAGUGAGGGUGCCGGAAUCCAAACCGAACUCACCUGUUUUCAUUCAGCCGUUUGAGUCGGAUGCAUCGUCGGAGGAGCUCUGCUUCUUCUGGAUGAGCCAAGGACGUUCAGAUGCCUCUGGACUCUGACUGCGGCUGAGCACUUUGAGACGACCCAAACGCUUUCCUCCUGAGCCGCCGGUGUGACGCUCCGCUGUUCUGGAAAAGACCUCUCCAUGACCGUCAGUACGGUGCUGACCCCCUCCAUGACCAGCAGUAACAGCAUGAGCAGCGGGUACUGCAGCCUGGACGACGAAAGCGAGGACUUCACUUUCUUCACCGCCAAGACCUCGUUCUUCCGCAAGCCCAAGCAUGCACCGAAGGUACAGCAAAAUGAAGCAAAGGAGGAAGAGGAGGGAGGUGCUAAGCAGCUGUCGGAGGAAGAGGUGCGGGUCAAGAUAGAGUCCUACAACGCUCAAGUGUCAGAAAAUGGCAUGAACCUGGCUGCAGACGGAUCUUUCACAGGCUUCAUCAAGGUCCACCUGCGGCUCAGUCGACCCGUCACAGUGGAGGCCAACCGGGGGCGCGGCCCGUCAGAAGAGCAGGGCGGAGAAAAGGGGCAGCAGACGGAGAAGAGGACGUCCUUCUACCUACCGAGCGACUGUGUGAAGCAGAUCCACAUCAGCUCUCUGACCACCACCGGCGAGGUGAUACAGGGCCUGCUGAAGAAGUUCAUGGUGCUGGACGAUCCUCGCAAGUUCGCCUUGUACAGGCAGACGCACAGAGACGGACAGGAUCUGUUCCAGAAGCUCCCUCUGUCGGAGCAUCCUCUCGUCCUAAGGCUGAUAGCAGGACCUGAUGCGGAUCAGCUCACCUUCGUUCUGAAGGAAAACGAGACAGGAGAGGUGGAGUGGCACGCCUUCUCUGUCCCUGAGCUGCAAAACUUCCUGGUCAUCCUGGAGAAAGAGGAGGCGGAGCGCGUUCGAGCCGUGCAGCAGAAAUACAGCGUUUACCGACAGAAGCUCCAGCAGGCGCUUCAAACACACGGUCCAUGAUGUCUCCAAGCCGGACCUCCAGGACACGCGCUGGGAUCUCAGUCCAGGGAGCGGAGCCUGAGCUGAACUGAACUCCGGACUCUUCAUGGACAAGCGCUCAGACAGAGAGAUCCACGUACUCCCUCUCAGGUCGCAUGCAGGCUCUCUUUCCCCACAGAGAACGGGAUCACCCUGCCAAGGAAGAUCUGAGGCUGCUCCCACUUCGGAUCCCAUCAAUGACUGAUGUGUUUUUGUUGUUUUUUUAAGUUUCCCAUCUCUCCUGCUACAACUACUGCUGCUGCUACUGCAAGUGUUACUUAUGCAUGAGUCCAUCAGCUCAUAGGAAUAAAACAGAAGGCAUGGUUGCUUUUAGCCGCAUCGAGCUGGAGCCGCAGGACAAUCAUACCUAAAACACGUCUGAUGAUGUCAUCAGAUCUCCUUUUUUUUUGUUAUUGUCUUCCCAGAUUAAAGCAGAAAAAAUGCAACAGAUAACCGUACCCCCCGCAGCAUGACGCUGCCACCAGCGUGCCCUCACUAUGUUUAUAAGUUCCAUCCUGGCUCAUACAUGAAAAGAUAUUUUUUUGGUUGUUUUUUUUUUUUCCACCACACAUGUUUUUGUUUUUCUUUAUUGCUGCCUAAAUCCAAAACUAAGAAUGCAUGAGCCCCAACCCUGGUGCGACGCUAAGAGAGGCAGCUCAGAACCCUUUAAGUUGUGAAGAAACUUCUUGUUUUUGCUGUGUGGGGAUGAAUUUGAACGUAAGAGGACGUUUACAGCGAUGCUUACACUGACAGUUUUUUACUGAGAGGAUCUCGUUUAGAUUGGAGGUGAUGUAUGUAAACAAAUAACAUCUCAAUCAGCUUUUUUUGCACAUGUUGAUCCAGGCCAAACCUCUGAGGCUGGCAUGCAUUGUAAGAUUCAUAAUAACGGCUUUGAUUUGUUUGCAGUCCAUAUAAAUUGUGAAGAUACUGGGGGAAAAAAGAAAAAAGAAGAGUUAUUGGCUGAUAUGAGUUCAUUUUUUGCAUCAUUCCUACCUGCUGGUGUUUGUCUGCGGUCAUCCUGGGUAGACAGGAUUUAUUCCACCGCUUCUCAUUCUUAUGUUCAUUAUAAUCCGCGGAUAAGUCUGGUCCGAUGUCCACGAGGACACGCUUCUCUCUAAAGCCCACACCUGUGUGUCACCAUCCUCACCUCCCCGAGCUGUUCCUGCUGGCAGUGCCUUUUGUGUCACGUCUUCUACCCAUAGCAUGGGUUUCAGCACAUGUACAGGUGCCUGAUUGAGUUACAUGUGCAGGUCCCUCUGCAUGUGUGCAAUUAUGUCUCUGCAGUGGUGCUAUGCGUUCAUUUUUAUUAGGUUUUUUUUUCGGUUUGGUUUUGAUCUUUUCCUGGUUUCAAAAAUACUCCCACGUGGGAGUUUAUGUGUAUGUGUGUGUUUUAUUUAUUUCAUUGUUAACCACCAUCCCAUGUGAAAUUAUGUAAACGUGUCGCUUUAUUUUUGCAAUUUAUUUUACUUGUAAAACUCUGUAUAAAUAUGUGACUAGACCUGUACAGAAAUUUAAAUGAAAUAAAAGACUAAGCUCUUUAUUGAAA